UAAUGAUAUUUGUUUUGACAGUUUUUGUUUUUAGAAAGAAAAAUGUCUUUGUGGCAUGUGCCUGUUCAUGAAUAUGUUCCAAUUGAUCCAUUUUUGGAGGAGGUGAUGGACAUAACUUUUCCGCCUUUGAGAUACUUUCCUUUGUUUAAUGAAAAUUCUACUGCUAGAGGGGUAGGUCAAGGGUAUGAUCGGUUAUACAAAGACUUAGUUGGGCAUCCCCCAUAUGGAUUUCAUUCAAAACAAAAGGCUACUAAAAAAGACAGUUUUGUUAUCAAUCUUGAUGUCAAGCAUUAUAAACCAGAAGAAGUUGCUUUAAAAGUAGAAGGACAAGUUCUUGAAAUAAUUGGUAAACACCGUAAUGAAGGCGAAAAUGGAUUUGAAUGUAGUGAGUUUCACAGAAAAUACACUAUUCCAGAUGACGUAGAUCCUACGACUCUUUCUUCAAACAUUAGUCAAGAUGGUAUUUUGCAUAUUGAAGCUCCUAAAAAGCUUCCUAUAGCAUCUGAUUCUGCAGAAUCAAGUGAGUCUUUUAAAUGUACUUUAGAUGUACAAGGUUUUAAGCCAGAUGAAAUUUCAAUUCAAGUUAAAGGUAGAGGUUUAGUUGUACAUGGUGAAACAAAAACUGAAAACAGUGGUGAGCAUGGUUUAAGUUUCCACCACAAGCAAUUUACUCGAAACAUAUCUUUACCAGAUGAUGUUGAUCCAACUCACUUAAGUUCUCGCUAUACUAAAGACUGUAAGUUAACUAUUGAAGCUCCACGAAGUCUUCCUCAGGCUCCCCUCAAACUUGAAAUCAAAAUGGAAGAAUAGAUCUGAACUAAAGGUUGAAUUAUACUUUUAACUGUUAAAUUUUUGAGUUAAACUGCAAAAUUAGAAAAAUAAUAAAAUUUAAAAAAUAUGUAAUGUAAUAUAAAAAUGAUUAAAAGUUAUGUUUAUAAAAUUUAUGUACUAUUUGAUAUGCUUAUGAUAAAGCGUUUGAUCGA